CCGAAUCACUUAGCGGCUCCUUUCCGAGCUACGCAAAGACCACACUCUAUCUGUGACUGCAUAGUCAAUUACGCACACACCUAGUGUGCACACGCACACCCACAGACUGGCUUGGUCGCAAGUUAGUGUCGGGUAACUCCUGAAGCUAUUUCAUGCCAUUUGACCUCUUGGCCUUGUCUACGGGCGCACUGCAAUAAUACGUAUGCUGUCUACAAGUCAACGCCGCACCAGCUAGUAGUAUUUCAAGCGGCCCACCACCCGACGAGCCCGCAGCGCCCUUGCAUCUAAUCAGAGGCCUGAUAGCCAUAUACCAUAUGCGUGACCUAAACGCGGAUGUAGGGCUCUACUAGGUUGCGAACCAGGAAGGAGUUAAACCGAUGGCCCCUAGCGGCAUCGCCCUUCAACGUGCUAGAUUACAGCUACUGUAUCUCGCGUUCUUGCUGCCAUGUGGAUUUGGACUGGAGCCGAUGCGCUUGGAGCCAGCUCUUGGCGUGCAGUCGUUUGAGCGCAGAAAGCUGGGGGGCACCGAGGUCUUGCUGGCGUACACUGAUGCAAUAUGCGGAGGUUACCCUCAACAGCUGGCUAAUCCGUUCACCGCUCCUACCAUAGAGGAUGUUAUCUUCGGUGGCAUUCGUGACUUCACGGCGCUCGGCUCAGUGAAGGGCAUUGACCUAGCCUUCACAGACGCGUACGUGGACAAGACGUCGCAGACGUACUACCCACGUGGCGUGUACGAACUCGCGCUCUACUACAACGACUACCCCUCUCCGCCGGGCGCCCGCUUCGCGCUUCUGAAUCGCGUGGCGGGCCGGCGCAAUGCCCUCACCACGCUGCCCACCACGGCGGCCAAACUGGACACUUCACAGCUGGGGAAGUUCAACGACAAAGGGCCGGGCUCGCUGCAGAGCGCCACGGUGUGCUGCUCGGAUGACAACAUGUUUGAAUCCAUGCGAGCCGUACGUCAGAUCAUCGGCGACACCAAGAUCGGGCUGCCUGUGUGCACCGGCUAUCCAGUGGAGGUCAAGCGGCCGGCGGCUUUCCCGCUGUGGGCGGGUGUGCGCCUCACGGUGCAGCAGCCCAUCGGCAGCAUGGAAUACGUCAUUGCCAGCAUCCAGUUCAUCUGGGCGUCAGACACGCCGACGCCGGUAGCGCUGCCGCCACCCUCGCCGCCCAGUUCCCCGGUGGCGGUGCCGGCUGUGAACCCGCCCUUCCUGCCCAAGGGCGCGUCGCCCGACUGGCUGGCAAUCGCCACUGGCGUGGUGUCGUUUCAGUUGGUGGAGCCGACUGUGUCCAUCAUCAUGACCAAACGCUCGUUCCCCAUCGCCAACAGCGACAUUGACCAGACUGUCAUUGCCGCCACACGUGUCAACCGGGGCGCGGCGGUGGCUCUGGCCUCAGAGAACAUGCUGCAGCACUGCUGCGGCGGGGCGCUGGGCGCCAGCGCCACGCAGCUCAACCAGACGGCCAAGGGCCUGGACCUGCUGGUGCUGCAGGGGGCGCUGUGGGCGGCGUGGUACUGGGUCAAGACAGGGGCUGUGCGGGUGCGCGUGAGCCACGAGCGCUACCUGCCGCUGGCGCGCUGGCUGUCCGCGCAACGGCCCGGGCUGUUCCUGACGCCUGCCGAGCAGGACAUGCCCUCCUACGUCACCUCGCCCGACCUGUUUAUCCGCAACAUCAAGGGCACGGUGGGCCAGGGCAAGCGGCCGCCGGAGCAUCUGUACAUUGUGGGACCCGAGGACCCGGCCUACACCGACCCAGCCAUGGCGAACGCAAUGCGGGACUACCUCAAUGCAGCAGGCGGCGUCAUGUUCCUGGGACCCAACCCCACCGCGGUGCGGGCUGACACGGGAGGCAGUGAUGGUGGCGGCGGUACCAGCAGCGGGACUGGGGGCACCGGAACAAGCGGCGGCAGCACCAGCGGCAACGGCAGUCCUGAUGUUGAGGUGGUCACGCUUGAUGACCCGUCGCCGCCACCUCCCGCCACUGGGCGGCGGAAGAAUAAGCCACCGCCGCCGGCCGCCACCCCCACUGACACCACCACCACCACUCAGAAGAGGAAGAAACCCCCUCCACCUAGCUCACGCCGAAGCGCAGCCGAGGUUGCGUCUAUUGUGCCUGUGGGGCCAAGCUGGUGGCGUGCAGACGCGGAUGCGGAUGCGAUGGCCAACAGCGAUGUGGGAGGAAACGCAGUCAGCGGCAUUGCAUCGCUACUUCGUGGGCUGGGAAUGCCACAGCGCUCGCAGCGGCGGCGGCUGCUUGAUGUUGCUGCCGCCAACAGUAGCCUGACCAGCAUCUAUCCCAUUAACGCGGUGUCCGGCCCGUUCGGCAUUUUCUUCGCGCCCCCCGCCACCCCUUCGGUGCAGCCGGGGACCAUCAGCGUGGUGACGGAGCCGCGCAGCGACAUCAACAACGCCGAGCUGGCGGCAGGCGCCUACGUGCAGUUCCUGCAGGGCCAGAAACCCAAGGAGUUUGACCUGGACGUCGUGUCGCUCACCAUUGCGAAGGCCCGCGCCAGCAUCCCUCGCGGCACCCCCGGCUCCGACGGCUUCUACACACUCGUGGAUGCUUUGUUCGCACUGGGUGGCUCCCUCCCGGAGAUCAAGCCCUCGCCGCCACCGCCGCCACCCACGCAGCGAUCCUCGCCGCCACGCUCGCCGCCGCCACCCUCACCGCAGCCACCAAAAUCUUCGGGCACCCCAAGCGGCGGCAACAACACGGGCGUGGGCUCGGGGCCAUGGAGCUUUUUGGGUUGCUACAUCGACAACGUCGGCAUGCGCGCCCUGCCGUGGCGAUUGUCGGUCUCCGACAAGGCAAUUAGCAUUGAGCGAUGCGCCGGCCUGGCGCUGAAGAACAGCCUGGGCUAUUUCGGGAUGCAGGGCUCGGUGUGCUUCGGCGGCAACAACGGCACACAGGCGACCAUGUACGGCGCAGUUGCCGCGGCGCAGUGCAACAUGGCGUGUGCCGGCGACCGGAGCCAGAUGUGCGGCUUUGUGAGCGCCGCCCGGCAGCUGCUCAGUUUGUACCAGGUGUCAUUGGUCAUCAACAUUGGCGGCAACCGAGCGCUGCGCGCCGGCCACUAGCGCGGAAAUGUACGGGAUUUUCUGGGAAGGGCGGGAUCGUUCAGGUCUGGAGGAGCACAGACCUAAUGGUUGCAUCGGUGUUAUUCAUCGCAGCGUGCGAGGGCGGGCGCCCAUUGACAAUCGCAACUGACUAACCGGAGCGUUGACUGAGGCCGAACAGGAGAUUGCGGCAUCUCACUCCGCAAUAUUCACAACGUGACAGCUCGAGUGUGUGCUCGAGCAUGUGACCGCCGCCUAGGCAGCAGGAUGACAAAUAGCGGCAAGGGGUCGGAGGAGUACAGCAGCCCCUGCCGGAAAUGCACAUUUCGACAUGCAUAUAAUUGUGCGUUUCAACGCCUGGGAUCUGUCGGAGUUAAUGAUCGGAUGUCAUCUUCGUUUUGAGGAGGAUACUGCGGGAUGGGAACAUGAGUGUGCGCGCGCAUCGUAGCCACAGUAUGGGCUCGCUAGGCUCAUCAUGUUUCGGUUGUCAGGAUUAUGCGCUGGUGCAUUUCUGUUGAGCAUACCGGUUGUGAUAUAGGUCCUAUCCUCGUGCUUUGAUAACAGCACAGAGGUUUCACCAUUAGCUGAAGUCGAAGCUGUGUCCUUUGUGCUCAUGCGCGAGGGCAAAGCUUGUGCGCCGAAUUUAGUGAGGACGAAGUGUGUGCAGGGGCACCGGGUGACCAUGAAUGUCAGGGUUACAUGGAGCAUGGCUGAUUAUCAUGCCUUACGAAGAACAUUACGAGUUUGCCGUGUUUGCUGCAAACAGCUGUGAGGAGUCAAAACGAUGUUGGCGUGACCACACGGUGGAUACCUAUUUCUUCCUUGACGACAAAUUCGCGUUUGUUGACAUGUUUUUGCCGUUAGAUGGUUACUACCGCCACACGGCCAAAUGAAUUCGCUGCAUGCAAUUGUCCGUGCGCACGUCAGCCCGUCAAGGCACCUUGGCCUGGCACUUGUGUACGGUCAAAGUGUGGCAUUGGCAAUGACUUAGAACGCCAACUACGUUUGUUUUCCACUCUGGCGCCGUGCUACUCAAGCCCGUGUACCGCUGGUUGCCUGGUGUAUUAUGUGCGGAUUGUGUACGGUCAUGCCAGUCUGCGGUGUGGGAGCGCUCCCUUCAGCUUCUCAGGAAGUGGGCUUGCAUUCGUUUCUCUCCUGCAUUCUGUGGGCAUGCUUGCGUUCAUGCUGUCCUGCCCAGACCCACUGCCUUGCACGGUCCCGGUGCCUCGGGGCGGACAGCCGGGCAGCAGAGAUUCUGAUGAUCGACUACUGACGUAAUGGCGUGGGCUGCAGCAUUAUGCGCUGCGAGCACAACAAUCACGCAGCACAAUUCCUCAAAAUGCGCAAUUGUUUGGUUAUGCGGGGGACUUCGGAGCCGCGCACUGAGGGCAUCCGUUUGAGAAGUGGACUUGGCGGGUUGACGGAGUACGGUGCGCAUAUUCCAGCGGGUGGUGCAGAGGGCGGGCUGUGGUCGGAAGGCAAACGAAAGCAUGCCAGCCAUUUGGGGCCGAAGCCAUAGACUUCUGAGGUGGCGGGUAUAAGUGCUUGGCUUGGGUAUUGUGACAUGUGUACUUGUGUGUGCGCGCGCCAACACCAGUUGGACGUUAUUUAGUGAGUGGUGCGGAUGCAUUGGCAGACGUGUCCUGCGUGCUUGCAACUACUCCGGGGAGUGCGGUGCCUCCGCCCCACUACCGAAGUAGAUUGGUUGGCCGCCCCAAACGGGGCAUGGCACUAGUGGCGCACGUGAAUGGAAGUCAACAGGGACACGCGCGGCGGGUCCCAAACUGCACAUGGCAUAUGCCACCCCGUCUGAGGCCGAAGCUUAGGCUGCUUGUCAACAUCCCCACCUCGU